AAGUUAGAACUUGUGUUUCAUAUUGUGCAACAUCUUAUGUUUUUUGCUUUUAUUCUUAAAUAAUCAUCAAAAUGUGUAAUAUGGUAUUCAAUUUAUAUUACUAGUAAACAAUUAAAACACAUCAAAUCUUAAAAGGCAGAUAAUAUUUAAUCUUGAGGUUAUUAUUCGUAGGAAUACAGAGAAGUUUGUCCAAAACAUGAGCACUUUGAAUUACUUGAUUGGGAGUUAAAUUUACCCCUGGAAAGAAGAAUUAGGUAUGAAGAGAUGGCAAGUAGUGGAUUGAAUGGUUUAUACAGACCAAGAAGUGCUUUGGCUCGCGCUAUGUAUGAAAAACAUAGAAAUGAUAGAUAUCUGCAAGAAUUUGAUCAAAAUGAGUGGUACCAAGUAGACAAGAGCAAGCUGUCGCCUGAUCUUCAAGAGAAGUUCGUGCAGCUGCAUCCAGAUAAGGAGACACAGGAGUUCCUUUCCACCUCCAUCGACAAGUCGUCCUGGGUCUGGACCCAGGUCUGGUACAUCCUAGCCAAGUCCUUCUUGAGACACUUCUGGACUACAACAGAUAUCAAUGGAUGGCUCGGUCGUGGUUCAAUGUUCGUGUUAUCCUCAGCUCAGGCUAGAACACUGCUGAGCCGCGCCCGCGCAGGCCGUGGCGGCAUCGACAAGCAAUCUACACUAGUCGAUAUCGGCGCAGGAGACGGUGAAGUAAGCCGUAGAUAUGCAGACCUUUUUGGAACAAAGUAUGCCACCGAGAUAUCUGCCUCUAUGAGGAAAGUGCUUAGUGGCAAAGGAUUUACUGUGCUAGACGUGGAAGACUGGUGGAAAGGUCAAAAGUUCUCUUGUGUGUGCAUGAUGAAUUUGGUAGACCGCUGCAUGAGACCACGGACUAUGCUGCAGCAGGCCAGGGAAGCGCUCACUUCAGACGGACUGUUGUUGCUGGCUCUUGUAUUGCCAUAUAAGGCGUAUGUUGAAGCGACAUCAGACCAUAAGCCAGAAGAAAGACUGCCUAUAGCAGGCAUCACAUUUGAAGAACAGGUCUCCUCGUUUGUGGAGUUCAUGCGGGGUUUGGGCUGGGAGAUCGCCAGCUGGUCCAGAGUUCCAUAUCUUUGCGAAGGAGACUUUUCCCAGGCUUAUUACUGGCUUGACGACUCUAUAUAUGUGUUUAGACCAAUUGAGCCUUAAAUCACCUAUCAUUUUAUCCUAUAUUUAUACGCCUUUACAUUUAUGGAAAACGACUUGGGUUUUGCACAGAUUUUUCAAUGUGCAAAACUUUCACCUGUCUCUUUUCAUCACAUCGUUAAACCCAAUUUGACGGAAAGAGACAUAUGAAGGUUUUAGUGACGGUGUUUUAUGAUUACGGUUAUAUACUGUUUUUAAUAACUAUUUUGUAAUAGAUUUGUAUGCAAAUGGUGCCAACAUAUAUGAGCAGCGCACAACUAGUACAAACUAAAGUGGACAUUCCAAUUAAUUAAGACACUGAUUAUAAAGACGUAAUAUUCGAAUAAAAAAAUCUUUAAUUUCGAAUAAAACAAUCACAUUAUUCUGCCGUUUUUUCGUCUAGGUUCCAUAUAUAAAACUGAUAAUAUUUGUAUGGUUUUGCAUUAUACAGCUAUACGUAAAUAAUAAGUGCGCGUAUACGUAUACGCACGUAUCAUCAAACGCUACUAAAGUGGAUAAUCAGCAAUUUCAACCAAUAUUUCAUUUCAUUAAUUAUCCCUAGACGUCACUACCUCAGCCUGAUAAAGUACAUCGAAUACCUGAACAAUGACGAGUAUUUUGAAAGAUUAUCUUAGUAAUUUGAGUAAACUUACAUUAUUGUACUUAUAUAUUUUAUUAUCGAUGUUUAACAUUAGGCACUCUCAAACUUGCUUGUUGUGAAACUAUGAUAUUUAAAAUAUCUCUAAAAUUCUUGAUGUGAAGAUACUUGUUUUGCAUAAACAUGAAUGUUAUAUUAUUUGUAUUUUGCCAUUGGGCUUUAAACCAAAUUCCUAUUGCAUUCAGGCGAAAAUUAACAUUCUAAAAAGUACUAUAUGUGUUGUCAUAUUCAAUGUAUUUCUAUAAAUUUAUACUUUAUUUAAAAUAAUUAAAUAAGUGCAAUAGUUAUUUUGCGAUCACUAAGUCUAAUAAGAUUUGAUGUGAUCAAAAGUGGUCAUAACAAUAGUAAUUUCAUAAAAUGGAAUUUUUAAGAAUAUCUGAAUGUUGUUUCUUAGAUUUAUCAGAUCUCAUAUGUUACUUACCUUCGUACAUCCUAUAAACAUUGUAUUUUUAAGUAAAAUUAUAUGCCUAUUGUUGUAUGUGCGUAAUAUUAUAAUCAUUCCUUAUUUCAUAGGUUUUAUUAAUACUAAUCUGUCAAUUAUUUAGUCGUGUAUGUGUAGUAAAAUAAUUCAUAUUGUGUCGUUCUCAAGUUUUUGAAAAUCAUAUGAGGAAUCAAAUUAAUAAAUUUAUAUGUACCAUA